AAUGAAGUUCUCUUUUUUGUAGUGGGAGCAAAGGAAAAAAUCACGAAAAAAGACAAUUAAAUACAUGCAUAUAUGUAAAGACCUAGGGGAAAUAGACCUUUAAAUCCAAUUAUCCUUUUUCAAAUUAGUUUGCACUGUUUGAGAUCAGAGUUCGUGAUAUGGAGAAAGGCAAUAUGUUAGAAGAGGCUUUUCAGUCCUAAAUAGCAUGCAACAUUAAAAUCAAUCGUCAUUACUUGUCCAUCAAUCCCAAGCCCAUCAUAAGGAAGACUAAAGAAAUAUUUAUGGUUGAUUCCCUGGGAAGUGCUUGUGAGUGUUAGCCAAGUGUCACAUGAGGUUUUCUCUGCCCCAUUUUAAAAUUACAAACGUGAUAACAGUUAACUAUCCAUCCAGACGUGUAUUCAUGUAUGUCCUACUUCUCAAAUCAGCCGGCGAAAAUGCAACCAGUUGUAAUGAUGAUCCUUAUGUACAGGUCCUAACAAAAGCAGGCUUUACUGUCGAUCUGCUGGAGACUCUUGAUUUCAUGUAUAAUACAGCAAACUUGGAAGAAUAUAAAAAUUGGCGAAACAAUCAUAGUUGUAUUGUUUUUAGCAGUCCACGUGCUGUAAUUGCCUGUGUUAAGGCAGGAUUGACAGGAAACGAAAAUGAUCUUUGCUUUGUCGUUGGUCCAAGUACUGAAUUACAAGCUAAGAAGGCUGGAUUUUCACCAAAAGGCGCUUCAUCAGGAGAUGCUGAAGAACUCUCAGAUUUUAUUGUAAAGCACUUUGCCUCAAAAUUGGAUAAGCCUAUCUUCUUUCCAUCUGGUCAAGUUCACCGUGAUACAUUACCAAAAGCUUUAGAAGCUGAAGGGAAAAAGGUGAAUACUGUUAUCGCGUACUCUUCUGUAGAAAAUACCAAACUUCAUGAAAAGUUGAGAUUAAAUUUGUGUGAAGGAAAUCCAAUACCUGAUUGUUUAGUAUUUUUCAGUCCAUCUGGUGUUUCACUAACUGAAAAUAUACUGCUAACUGAAAUAAAACCACACAGGCCAAAUGUCAAGCUUGUUGCUAUGGGACGUGCAACAGCGAAUAGGCUGAAAGAACUCGGUAUGACGGUUUCAGCAGUUGCUGCCUCACCAAAACCUGAAAGUUUAUUGGCAGCAAUGAAAAAUUUGAAGUGACAAACUCCUUUUAUCUAUCUUCGAUCUCAUGGCUCUGUGUACGAUGAUAUACUACUGUCUUUACCUUUAUUACUGUCAAUCUCUGUGUGUUUGUGCGUCUGUGCAUGUGCGUGUGUGUGUCAACUGGAGGAUAUGAUGUGCCUUAUUUAUUAUCUUUAAUAUGAAAAGUGAUCAUUGACAAUGAUAUGUGCCUUAUCUUUGAAUUAAUCUAUUUAUUUGUUUGUCUUCUUGUCUCUGCUUCUUCCACGAAUAACUUUCUGCUGGUUCUAGUCAAAUGUUCUGUGUGGUGUAGUGUUUUCUUUGCAUGAAUCUUGUGAUCUUCUGUGUGUUUUGUGUUUUUUUUUACAGAAUGCAUUUAACAGGUAAUCUUGAAAAAGUAAAAUCAAUUUACUAUUUUAAUAUUUGA